CCGCGGCGCGCGGGCGGCGGACGAUGGAACUCCACAUCCUGGAGCACCGGCUGCAAGUUGCCAGCGUCGCCAAGGAGAGUAUCCCGCUCUUCACCUACGGCUUGAUCAAACUUGCCUUCCUGUCGUCCAAGACCAGGUGCAAGUUCUUCAGCCUGACUGAGACGCCGGAGGAUUACACCAUCAUUGUGGACGAGGAGGGCUUCCUGGAGCUGCCCUCCUCGGACCACUUGAGCGUAGCAGAUGCUACCUGGCUGGCCCUGAAUGUGGUGUCAGGCGGCGGCAGCUUCUCCAGCUCCCAGCCCAUUGGUGUAACCAAGAUCGCCAAGUCAGUCAUAGCCCCGCUGGCUGAUCAGAACAUCUCCGUGUUCAUGCUGUCCACCUACCAGACGGACUUCAUCCUGGUGCGUGAACGGGAUCUGCCUUUCGUCACCCACACAUUGUCAUCAGAAUUCACCAUCCUGCGGGUCGUCAAUGGGGAGACAGUGGCAGCUGACAACCUCGGCAUCACCAAUGGCUUUGUGAAGCCCAAGUUGGUUCAGAGGCCAGUCAUCCACCCCCUGUCCAGCCCGAGCAACAGGUUCUGUGUCACCAGCCUGGACCCCGACACGCUGCCUGCUGUUGCCACACUCCUCAUGGACGUCAUGUUCUACUCCAAUGGAGUGAAGGACCCGAUGGCUGCCGGUGACGACUGUGGCCACAUCCGCUUCUUCUCCUUCUCCCUCAUCGAAGGCUACAUCUCCCUGGUGAUGGAUGUGCAGACCCAGCAGAGGUUUCCUAGUAAUUUGUUGUUCACAAGUGCGUCCGGCGAGCUCUGGAAGAUGGUGCGGAUCGGAGGCCAGCCCCUGGGAUUUGACGAGUGUGGGAUCGUGGCCCAGAUCUCCGAGCCCUUGGCCGCCGCAGACAUCCCCGCCUACUACAUCAGUACUUUCAAGUUUGACCACGCACUGGUACCAGAAGAAAACAUCAACGGAGUCAUUGGCGCCCUGAAAGUCAGUCAAGCUGAAAAGCAUUAG